GCUCCUCACACCUUGUAUUUUGAGUAACGAGAGUCAGUCCGUGAUCUUCCACUUUUCUCUUACGUCUCGCUGAAGGAGACUAUUCCUUCUUCGAGUUUGCCUUCCUUUUCUUCUCCUUCUUCUUCUUCUUCAUCAGUUUUUGAGCUCUGUUUCUUCUUAAUUAUUUUUUCUUUGAAUUCGACCAACAUCGCCCGCUGAAAAUUCUAUUUAUAGAUACUCAGGUGCUCAAUCUCAAACAUGACGGUCACACCAAACAUCAACAUUAACGAUGGGAACCUGGUGGUUCAAGGCAAGACCAUAUUGACUGGUGUUCCAGACAACAUUGUGCUUACACCAGGAUCUAGUGGGGGCCUUGUUACUGGAACCUUUAUUGGUGCCACCGCCUCCGAUAACAAGUCACUUCAUGUCUUUCCCAUGGGCGUUUUAGAGGAUCUUCGGUUCAUGUGUUGUUUCCGAUUCAAAUUAUGGUGGAUGACUCAAAGAAUGGGUACAUGUGGGAAGGACAUUCCUUUCGAGACCCAAUUCAUGCUUGUGGAAAGCAAAGAUACCGAAGGGGGUGAGAAAGAUGAUGGACCAACCAUCUACACAGUCUUCCUGCCUCUGCUCGAAGGCCAGUUCCGUGCUGCUCUGCAAGGCAACGAGAAGAAUGAGAUCGAGAUAUGCCUCGAGAGUGGAGACAAAUCUGUUGAGACCAACCAAGGCCUUCACCUUGUCUACAUGCAUGCUGGGACCAAUCCAUUUGAAGUCAUUAACCAAGCUGUUAAGGCUGUGGAGAAACACAUGCAAACUUUUCUUCAUCGUGAAAAGAAGAAGUUGCCUUCAUUCCUUGAUUGGUUUGGCUGGUGUACAUGGGAUGCCUUCUACACUGAUGUUACUGCUGAGGGUGUUGAAGAAGGCCUCAAAAGUUUAUCAGAGGGAGGGACACCUCCACGAUUUCUUAUCAUAGAUGAUGGUUGGCAACAGAUUGAAAGUAAACCCAAAGAUGAGAAUGUUGUUGUCCAAGAAGGAGCACAGUUCGCAAGCAGACUGACAGGUAUAAAAGAGAAUGAGAAGUUCCAAAAGAACGGCCAGAACAAUGAACAGGUUCCAGGCCUGAAACAUGUCGUGGAUGAAGCUAAGCAACGUCACAAUGUGAAAUUCGUGUAUGUUUGGCAUGCUCUGGCUGGGUACUGGGGUGGUGUGAAGCCAGCAGCAUCUGGUAUGGAGCACUACGAUACUGCUUUGGCAUAUCCAGUUUCGUCCCCUGGUGUUAUGGGUAACCAACCGGACAUAGUCAUGGACAGCUUGUCUGUCCAUGGCCUUGGCCUGGUACCUCCAAAAAAAGUUUUCAACUUCUACAACGAGCUCCAUUCGUACUUGGCAUCAUGCGGAGUGGAUGGAGUUAAAGUUGAUGUUCAGAACAUCAUUGAGACUCUUGGUGAUGGUCAUGGUGGUAGAGUUUCUCUAACCCGCAGCUACCACCAGGCUCUUGAGGCUUCAAUUGCUCGGAACUUUCCAGACAAUGGAUGCAUCGCAUGCAUGUGUCACAACACUGAUGGGAUCUAUAGUGCCAAGCAGACUGCUGUUGUGAGAGCUUCAGAUGACUUUUAUCCUCGGGAUCCUGCUUCCCACACCAUCCAUAUUUCCUCUGUGGCUUACAAUACACUUUUCCUAGGGGAAUUUAUGCAACCUGACUGGGAUAUGUUCCAUAGUUUACACCCAGCAGCAGAGUAUCACGGUGCAGCUCGCGCUGUUGGUGGAUGUGCAAUCUAUGUCAGUGAUAAGCCAGGAAACCACAACUUUGAGCUCCUGAGAAAGCUUGUCCUCCCUGAUGGAUCUGUUCUCCGUGCCCAGUUACCUGGGAGACCAACCCGUGAUUGUCUCUUUGCCGAUCCAGCUAGAGAUGGAACCAGUUUGCUCAAAGUAUGGAAUGUGAACAAGUGCUCGGGAAUCCUUGGUGUUUUCAACUGCCAAGGUGCUGGUUGGUGCAAGGAACUCAAGAAGACCCGAAUCCACGACGCAUCUCCUGGUACCCUCACUGGCUCUGUCCAUGCUUCUGAUGUUGAUUCUAUAGCUCAAGUUGCGGGUGCUGAUUGGAAUGGAGAAGCAAUAGUUUACUCCUACAAAUCAGGGGAGGUCAUUCGAUUACCUAAAGGAGCUUCAAUUCCAGUGACACUCAAAGUUCUCGAAUAUGAACUUUUCCAUUUCUGCCCUCUCAAGGAAAUUGCAUCCAACAUCUCAUUUGCUCCAAUAGGCCUGCUCGAGAUGUUUAACUCAUCCGGUGCCAUUGAGAAGUGCGAUGUCCACAAAGCUUCCCAGAAACCAGAGCUCUUUGAUGGUGAAAUUUCAUCGGAGCUGGCCACUUCUCUCAAUGACAAUCGAUCUCCAACAGCCACAAUCUCUCUCGAGGUCAGGGGAUGUGGACGGUUCGGAGCUUAUUCUUCCCAACGGCCACUGCGUUGUUCCCUGGACAACUCUGAGACUGGCUUUGACUAUGACUCUGACAGUGGAUUAUUGACCCUUGCCAUCCCAGUCCCACAGGAGGACAUGUACAGAUGGCACAUAGAAAUCCAAGUUUAAGUUAAAAAUCUCUCUUAUAACAAAUAACAGCAGUAUUUCACCAUUUAGAUUGUUAGGGCUUGGUCAGUUUCGUAUUAAGAAAGAUUUGUAAUGGGGUUAUGUCAUUGUUGUAAUAUGAGAGGGGCCUUAUUGGGAAACGACAUGCUUUGAUUAGCUUUUAUUGUUGGUGUUGUUGAGUACUUGUAUGCAAUAAAAAUGUCUCGUGUCUCUAGUAGUAUGUGUAUCUUACAACUCUCUGUCUCUCUCUACCGUUGUAGAGAUAUUCAUAUAGUAUUAGCAAGCUAUGUAGUCCAUCAAGUGCUUUUGCAAUAAAAGUUGCUUUGCCUA